AUGAAUCAAGCUGAGAAUUCUGAAUUACUUGAGAAGCUGGACCUUUAUAUAAGUUGCAGAUAAUUAGAUGAUCUAGACAUUGUGUCAGACUUAGAUCCUUAUGCUGUAAUCUACUUAAAACAUAAUAACCAUUGGACCAAAUUCGGAUAAACUGAAUUAGUGAAGAAUAAUUUGAACCCUAAUUACAAAACAUCAAUAUAAUUGGAGUAUCAUUUUGAAGUCUAAUAACAUUUAAAGCUAGAAGUUUAUCAUUACAUCAGUCCAACUUAAUCUAAGGUAAAAUACUUAUCACGAUUAUAGGUUGUUGGCAUUGCAGAAACUACGGUUGCUCUUAUAGUUGCUUCAAGAGAUCAAAUUUUAAUGGGUGAUCUAAUUAACAUUUCUGGUAGAAGGAGUGGCUAUUUCAUAAUAUAGGCAGAUAUAAUUAAGUAGAUCAAAGAUGAAAUAAUCCUUACCUUAUCUGCACAUGACAUUAAAGAAACUAGAUUUUUGUUUUGGCAUGGCACAUGUCCACAGUUAAGAUUCUACAGAUAUAUUAUGGAUGACAAUAACCCUGUUUUAAUUCAUGAGACUGAGUUUGCAAAGAAGACAACACAACCAAAGUGGAAUGAAAUCAAUUUCUCAUCUUUCAAGUUAUGUGGUGGAGAUCAUCAAAUGAAUAUCAAAGUUGAAUUAUGGGAUCAUAGAAACAACGGCAAGCAUUUGUAUCUAGGAGAGACGACAUUUUGUGUAGAUGAAUUAAUAGAGCAUAAGAAAUGGAAUAGGAUAUUGGAAAAGGAGUUUAUGAGCAAAACAAAUGGUAAAGAAUCUUCCGGAGUCCUUCAAUUCAAUGGUUUUUAAUUCAAUCCUAAUUACACGCUUCUAGAAUAUUGCCGAGGAGGAUUAUAGUUAAAAUUGAUAACUGCUAUUGACUUUGCAGCUUCAAAUGGCAAUUUCAAUGAUCCUAAUUCAUUACAUUAUAUGAAAAGUAAUGGAGCUCAGAGUCAAUAUUUAUAAGCCAUAACUAGCUUAAUGGAAAUUUUAAUAUGUUAUGAUAAAGAUAAGAGUGUGCCAGUAUAUGGUUUUGGAUGCAAACCAAAAAUGAAUUUGAUUAACACUAAUAAAACACUAUCUUCAUUCGCCCUUAAUGACAACCCAAAAGAUCCAGAAGUAAUUGGUUUGGAUGGAAUAGUCUAAUGCUACAUAAAGUAAUUGCCUCAUUUGUGUUUCGAUGGUCCUGCCAAAUUAACACCAAGCUUGAAAAUCGCUAUGGAUAUGGCUCAUUAAUUGAAACUCUAGGAUAGUGAUAAAUAUUAGAUUCUUUUGAUCUUCACAAAUGGAUAAGUAGGUGAUAUGAAAGAAUUUAUUAAUGAAGUAAAUGCUUAGUAAAAUUUACCAUUAUCAAUCAUCAUAAUUGGUAUUGGAGAUGGCAACUUUGAUGAAUUGUCAGCCUUGAACAAUUAAGUCAAAAACAUUGUAGAUAGUGAUGGGAACUAUGCUUCUAGAGAUUUGCUUAAAUUCGUUCCUUUCAAUUAACUUAAAAAUGAUCUUGCUAGAUAAGUCUUGCCUUAGAUAAAUAAAUAACUAUUACAGUAUAUGAAAGUAAUGAGUAAAUCUCCUAAGCCUAUAAAUCAUAAGAACUUAUUCAAUCUAAAAUAGACAAGACAGUAUCCUCAACCAUAACCUUGUGUAUCCUAAGAACAGAAAUUCCCUUCUCAACUAUUAUAUGCUCCCUAAUUGUCAUUUCCUCCUUAAAUAUCAUAUCCUAAUUAAGCGCAACCCCUAUAAACUGAUUUUGUACUUAACUAACAAGCAUUUAUAAAUUAAGGGUUUUAAUAAGGCCUUGUCUAAUAAAGGAAUUAAUAUCCAUAAUAGUGA